GUGGUUUCCAUACAGCCUAUUUAUGUAACACAAAGGAAGUAACGCUUUAAUCCUCAACGGUUUUGUCUCUGUUGUCGAGCCAUGGCAACUUAUUGUUGGUGGAUACAGUGAGCUGCUGCUGACAGUGGAUAAAGAUGGACACACAGGUAACUUCAAAUGAACUUCAGGAGCGACUUCAAGCUCUGACAGAAGAAAAUUUGCAGCUGCGUGACAAGAAUGACCGCCUCCUCACCAAAGUGGGCUACCUGGAGAGCAGACUGGGCCACCUGGCCAGCUCCAACACAGACCUGUCCUGCAGGCUGGUCCAGAGUGAGGAGGACAAACUGAAGAUAUCUAAGGAGCUUGUGGAGGAGAAAAUUCAGGCAAACAAGAUGAGAGAGCAGUUUGAAGAAGAGACGUUUGAGCUGAAAAACAAGAUAUUGAACCAAGCUGGUGAAAUAACAGAGCUUGAAAUGAAGCGAGACACUUUAUUCAGAGAACUCCAGUCUGCUGAGGCUCGUCUGAAAGUGGGAGAAAAAAGCGGCCAAGACCUGACAGAGGAGUACACCACGCUGAAGAAGAACUACCGUGCUCUGGCUAAGGCCCGGGAUGAAGAACUAGUUCAGAGUGAGGAGCUGAGUGCUGAGCUGCUGGCAUUGGCUCAGGCCCAGGACGCCCUCCGCAGGCAGGUGGAGGAGCAGCAGCAGAGUGUGAAGACUACCACCCAGGGCCUGCACAGUGAGCUGGACAGGGUGCGGGCCUUGAUCAGCCGCAUGUCACACAACAGAGUCAAGGUUGAGGAUCUGGCAGCUUUGGACAAGGAGCAAAAAGCUAUGGAAAAAACUCUACUUGGAAACCAAGAUGAGAUCAAAGCCAUGCUGGAGAAAAUGAAGAACAGCUACGAGGUGCAGCAGAGGAAACUGGAGCAGAGACUGGUGGCGAUGGGGAAAGAGCAGCAGGAGAACAAGAGGGCGAUCCGCAAUAGCCAGCAGGAGCUAUCUGAGCGGAGUGCGGCCUUGAUGUGCUCCCAGAGCCAAGUGAAGGAGGUUGAAGAAGAGAACUCAAAGCUGCAGCUUCAAGUCAAAGAGCUGAACGAGGAGUACCGAGCAAGGCUUGUGUACUAUUUACAAGACUUAGCUGAAUACAUUGAUGGACUUGGAGAAAGUAAAAGCCCCUCAGACACCUCCAAGAUGAGGGCACAUGUGGACAGCAUGCUCCAGGAUGUACGCUCAUCCCACAGGGUCAGGGAGGAACAGCUCGCCUCUGCUGCUCGCUCGUAUAAGAAGAGACUUCAGAAGGUCACCAAGACCCAUCAGGCUCUCCUUAUUGCAUACAGGGUUCAGAGGGAGCAGAUCUUGGCCGAACCAGACAGUUGUCUUAACCCUGGACCCCCAGAAGGCCACUUCAGUUUGGAGCCCACUGAACUCAGAGAUGAAACUGAGAAGGAGCUCCAGCACCUUCGCCAGGACAAAGCGAGGCUGGAGGGUCAGCUCCAGGCGGCCCGGGAGCAGGUGGCUGGCCUCAAAAUGCCCAUUCAGAAUUUAAGCCAUCAGGAGCCGGCAUGCGAGGAAUCCUGGACGGACAUAAGGAAACAGCUGAGGGAGAUGACAGAGGCUACACUGGUGGGCUUUGAGAAGGAGCGCGCCCUUCUCAUCACCAGAGCAACAGUUGCAGAGGCGCAGGUGUCAGAGUUGCAGGACUAUAUUGACAACCACUUGGGCAGAUAUAAAGAGGAGAUCUCACAUCUCUGCAGACUGCACGGGAUACAGCAGGCUGGGCGUUCCCAAAGUGCUAAUUCAUCGCUCCAUUGAGAAAAGUGGCCCCAAAAUUGGAAGCCCAGUCAUAUAUUGCGAGCUAUCUGCAUCAACCAAGAUGACGCAGUGGAAAAGGUAUGACAUCAGCCCAGUCAGUCCUUCACCACUGGAGCCCAGGACGUGUAGCCUUUACUGGGCGUAUAGUGCCGAGGCCUAGAUUGGGGGCAUCUGAUGGAAUCACCGCGCUUCACUGAGAAAUCACACAAAGAUUGGAUUUAAUGGCCCUUCGAUUGAGCGGUUUUGAAAGGCCAACCUCUGACCCCCAGCCUUGACCCCUGGCAACCCCUCCCAUCCUCCAGGGUCCAGUGCUUGUCAUUGGUCAUUUGUCAAACCCCUCGCACUGAUCUGAUUACCGGCCAAUUUGGGAUCUGCCGACUACACACUUCUAGGAUCAAGACAAGCUGCUUUCAGCAUCUUUACAUGACAACACAUAGCUGGAUUGUUGCGGGACAAGUAAAGGGACGAGUUUUUGUCCUAUUGAGGCAAAAGAGAUGGACAAAACUUUAGAUAGACGCCAGCCUUGGUGUUUACUUAUGUCUAUACGGUGUUCAUCUGAUGAGGAACUGAUAGAAAUAGGAUUUUUUUUUAAAAAAACUAAAACUGUUCAAGAACCACUGAAUUGUAGGCCAACAAAACGAAGAUGAUUUAAAACAGAAGUGGAGAAUAAUCAGAUGAAUCAUCCAAAAAUAACACGUCUCACAAUGAUCCCAUCCAAAUCUAAGUAUUAACAAUAUCCAGACACAAGAAAAUCCUCUGUGGUGAUUAAAAAAGUAUGCCACUAUUUAUAUGGGUCCAAACCAACACGGUUGCAAGGACUACUUUCAGAAACACAGCCCUAAUCAUGCAGGGGAACAAAAAAUGCAGUGUUCAAACCAAAUAGACUAGUUAUUACCCACAAUGCAAUGAUUCGCUGUAAAGAGUUUUUGUUAUAAUCAGUGGCGUAGUGGAAAUUGAUAAGGUGGGCGUACUACUGGGCAGAUGGGUAGGUUACUGUGGAGGAAGUGCAUAUACUCUUCUAUAUAUUUCAAUGACUUUUUGGCUGAUAGGUAGGUAUAGUGUAAACAGACGGAAAAAGAGGUGGGUAUACGUGUUUACCAUCCAUUACACUACUGGUCAUCAUGGCUGCCAGGGGUAUUGCAGCUUCAGCAUUCAUCACGUGACACACACUGGCCCAAAAUGUUAUUCCCCAUACACAAUCAUUGGAAAUGGAUGUGCUGAAAACUGAUUGUGUCAUCAGACUUUGAUCCAAUUGGUCCAAUAGCAUUGGAAAGGUCUAGAUUAGCUGACGAAAUCAUUUUUA